AUGGUGGAAGGCAUCCCGGACGAGGAGCAGCAGGACGAGAAGGUCAGGGCCUACUUCGACCGAAUGUUCGGCAAAGGCAGCGUGGCCGACUGCAACGUGUGCAAGACCAUCCCCGAGUUGGAGACGGCCUUUGCAGAGCUUCAGGCAGCGAAGGCGGCCCUCGACAUGGCAACGCAGCAGUGGGAGAACGAGGGCAAACAGGAUGACAAGCGGCCGAAGGUCAAGCCGUCCAUGAUGGCCUCAGAGGAGGACGCCAUCGAGUACUGGACAAAGGUGGUCGCCGACAAAUCGGCGGAGGUGCUAUCCAACCGCGACAAGUACGCGAAGGAUGCGAGCGAGAGUGCCGGCGGCGUGAACGGCCACACCGGCUUCGUGACGUUCAAAGACCGGCGGGAUGCAAGGGUGGCGGUCCAGAUGAAGAUGUCCGCAGACACCACGACCUGGCAGGCCACGAAUGCAAAGUUGGCGACUGAGCUUGCGCGGAUGUUGGCCGGUGCAACGAUGGUGCAUCCGAACCCAGUAGAAACAGAGAUCGAGAAGCGGAAUCAUGAGUUCAUUGAAGACGCGGACAAUCUCUUCGUGCUCAAGAGCGCUGCAGGGCGAAGUGCGGCACAUUUCGAAAACUCCGUUCUAAAGAAGCUGCAACAUGCACAGAGCAUCACGAAGAUCUACCUCUACCCUGUUCCUGGCUGGGAUGAGGAGGAUCCCGUCUUCGACUUCACAGGCUUUUCCCAGCUGGUUGGCAAGUACAUGCCCAUGGUGACAGCGCUCUUGUUACAGCACAUGUUGGUCAAACACUUUGAGCUCAAAAGCUGGCCGCAGCUCAAAGAGCUGACGCUGGUCGACCCCCAGUGCCAAGAUGGGAAGUGGAACCUUGAGCUCGAGAAUCUGGAAGUGCUUAUCAUGGAGAACCACGUGCCUCCAGCAAAGAACUUUGCAGCCUCAGUGGUUCAGUGCCCUAAGAUUCGCCGAUUUUUUGCGCACAAGCUUUGGGCAGAGGAGACCCUUCCCAGCCUGUAUCUGCCAAACUGCACAGACUUCACCUUCCGGCGUGGGGACUGCGUCGACAAACUGAGCCUCUACCUUCCACGUGUCCGGACAUUGAACUUGGAUGCCAACUACGACCUGCGCGUCCUCAACUUCCUGAAGCAAGGCCACGCUCGCCACGCCCAGUGGAACCUCCCCACGCAGGCCGAGCAAUCGAAGUUCAAUCUCUCCUGCCUGAACGCGGCCCUUGGUCCCAAGGUGCAUCAAGCGCUGCUGAGCAGCGGCCGCCUCCUGAACGACAUCCGGGAGGAGUGCGAGGAGAUGGAGGAAGGAGAAGAGGAGGAGGACAUGGAGGACGACGACUUUGAUCCCAGCAUCGCAGGGCCCGAGCUGCUUGGGCGCAAGGUCAAGGUGGUGCACUUGAAGUCUCGCAAGGACCUGGUGGGCAAGGAAGGGAAGGUCGUAGAAGUUUAUCCCGACAAAGACAGGAUCGGGGUUUGGUUUCUCCACACCAAGGGCUUGGAACUUUCAAUACCCCUGGCCAGUGUGGAAGUCUUGCACACCGAGCCGCCCAGGAAGUGCUUAAACGAGAUUGACUAG